GUGGCAGUAAUGGGCUUAGUUGUGCCUCCAGUAUGCUGCUAAAGAAGAAGUCCUCAUGAUGGAAGGCAAUAUGGCUGCGCGCAUGAAGUAACACGUCCAUAAAGGUUUUAGACGAUAACAGCUGAACAAGUUGUCUCUGACAGGCAGCGGGCGGACGGACGCAAAGAGGACGGCCAGAACGAGCGCGCGGGCCAAACCGAGACCAUGUCCAAGAUUUCCAAGGCGGCCAAGGCCGUGAAAAAGCUGGACACGAACAACCUGAUCCGGGCGAUCGUCCGGUCCGGCCAGGCAGCCCCAGGCCCCCCAUUGGGCCCGAUCCUGGGACAGAAAGGCAUCCCCAUCGGCCAGUUCUGCAAGGACUUCAACGAGAGGACCAAGGACCUCAAAGAAGGCAUCCCCCUCCCCAUCAAGAUCAACGUGAAGCCUGACCGGACGUACGACUUAAAGAUCGGUCAGCCCACGGUGUCAUACUUCCUCAAGCAGGCCGCCGGCAUCGAGAAAGGAGCUGCCAAAACGGGGCACGAGAAGGCAGGUAUGGUGUCUGUCCGAGCGGUGUACGAGAUUGCGCAGGUGAAAGGCCAGGACGAGUGCUUCAAGAUCCGGGACGCUUCGCUCGAAUACAUCGUGAAGAGCAUCAUCGGCUCGGCGCGCUCCCUGGGGAUCCAAGUCGUCGACGAUCUAUCAGCGGAGGAGUACGGGGAGUUCCUGAAGCAGCGCGAGGAGACGCUGAAGGCUCAGGCCGAGGCCGCCGCCGCCGCCGCCGCCGCCGUGGGCAAGAAGAAAUGAAGACGACGACGACGACGACGCGCCGGCCAGCCGACUGACCGCAGCUCUCCUCCACCCACCCACCACCCACCACCCACCCGCGGCGCUGGGCUCCAGUGUACAUACAUACCCACUCCACUGCGCAAGCUCCUCUUUCAUAAUAAACCGAAUAAAUGGGACUCUUGCCCAGGA